AUGUCACAAAAACAGACCACAUCAGCAACCACAACACCAAAACCACCCAAUGCACGAACACUCUCACAUUCUCAGAAUUUUUACUUUGGAGGUUUGUCGGGAAUGAUGGCCACGUGUGUGGUUCAACCCAUUGAUUUGAUCAAGACCAGAAUGCAAUUGGCAAGAGCAAGACCUUCCGUGAUUGGAACCUUAUCAACAAUUAUUAAAGAAGAAGGUGCUAAAAGAUUAUAUAAAGGACUUGAUGCUGCAUUGUUCAGACAGAUCACCUACACGACCACCAGAUUAGGAGUAUUUAAUACAUUGCAAGAUUAUCUUACUAAAACAGAUGCCACUACUGGUAAGAAGACUCAACCAAACUUUGCCAUGAAAAUUCUGACUGGAAUGUUUGCAGGUGGAGUUGGAGCUCUAGUUGGAAAUCCUGCAGAAGUAUGCUUGAUCAGACUGACAAGUGGCAAAUACAAUUACAGACAUGUAGGAGAAGCCCUUGUUCGUAUUAUUAAGGAAGAAGGAAUUGCACGUCUCUGGCGAGGAACCACACCAACCGUAACUAGGGCUGUUAUUUUGAAUGCAGCUCAAUUGUCAUGUUAUUCCCAAGCAAAAGAAAUGAUUUUGAAAUAUAACAUAAUGAAAGACGGACUUGGAUGUCAUAUUGCAAGCUCACUCAUCAGUGGAUUCAUGUGUACGGUUGUCAGCAUACCUGUGGAUCUUGCAAAAACAAGAUUGCAAAGUAUGAAAGUGGAUCCAGUGACAUUGAAACCAGAGUAUUCAGGAUCGUUGGACGUUAUCACUCGUGUCGCGAAGAAUGAGGGAGUUUUAAGUCUUUGGAAAGGAUUUACACCAUACUUCCUCCGUUUAGGACCACACACUGUCCUUACGUUUGUCUUCCUUGAACAAUUCAGAAUGGCGUUCGGAUAUUAG